AUGGCACUCGAGGAGCGGGGGUCUGCUUGCUGGCAGGCCUCUAGGGAGUGGGGCAUCUCCCAUGGGGUCUCAUCGUCUCUCUUCUCUUCCCAGUCUAGGAUGACGGAGUCCCCAAACUGGAGAGCCAUGCGGGACACACGCAGGUACCGGCACCACUACCCGGAUUUGAUGGAAGGGGACAGCAAUGGUGACAUGCCAAACCUGAGUUUCUACAAAAACGAGAUCCCGUUCCGGCCCAAUGGCUACUGCAUUGAGUAUAUUCUUAAGGAAUGGAGGAACAACUACGACCUCCUGGAGGACAACCAUUCCUACAUCCAGUGGCUGUUUCCUCUGCGGGAGCCAGGGGUGAACUGGCAUGCCAAGCCCCUCACACAGCAGGAGAUCGAGGCCUUUAAAAACUCCCAGGAAGCCGGGCGGCGGCUUGUCCAGGCCUACGAGCUCAUGCUGGGGUUCUACGGAAUCGAGCUGGAGGACCGGGACACAGGCAAGGUGCGGCGAGCACAGAGCUACCAGAAGCGCUUCCAGAACCUCAACUGGUGAGGACCCCAGCGGGGUAGC